UUAUAAACAAAUAAUCAUAAAUGGGCUCUCCUAAGUUGUUUGUGAACAGCUUGAGUCGUUUACAGGCCUAGCUCUGGUAUAGCACUUGAGUUACUUGUAGUCCAGCUGACACACAUACACUCCCUGAGGCAGUUACUCUCUCUCUCUCUCUCACUAGCGCAUUUCAUCCAACACCACUCGAACACAAAGUUAGAAGAAAGCCAUGGAUGCGGACCUGGCAGAUCGUAGGUAUUUGGAGGAUAAUGAUACUCCAAUGAUGAAGACUAUUAAGGCUGCAACAACUGGUUUUGUUACUGGUACUGUUUUUGGGACCAUUGUUGCUACAUGGAAGGAUGUGCCUCGUGUUGAGAGAAAUGUUGCUCUUCCGGGGCUUAUAAGGACCCUAAAGAUGAUGGGCAGCCACGGGUUGACAUUUGCUGCAAUUGGAGGAGUUUACAUUGGUGUCGAGCAGUUGGUGCAGCAUUAUAGGAUGAAGAGAGACUUUGUGAAUGGAGCUGUUGGUGGUUUUGUUGCUGGGGCUUCUGUUAUUGGUUUCAAAAAUAGAAGCAUCUCAACAGCAAUUUCAGCUGGAGCAGCAUUGGCAUUCACUUCUGCUGUUAUUGAUAUUGGGGGUCAAACUACAAGAGUUGACAAUGGCAAGGAGUACUACCCUUACACGACCAAGAAAAGAUCUGCUGUCGAGUGAUAAAUUUUUCGUUGCUUUUAUUGGAAAAGAAGACAUUGGCAUGUUACAAUAGAAGUCUUCACUGUUUUCUGAAUGGUGUAUGCCUGUUUUUUCGGAGAUGUAAUCGUACUCCUGGAUGUCUUUCUGCGCUUUUGUAAACUUUUUAAGGUUUUAUAGCUUGAACCAAUGAUGUAAUAAUUAUGCUUUGCCAUUCUGUCAAAGUUAGAUGCUAAUUCUUGAUUUGAGAUCAUUGCUACUAGUUUAUGAUUAUUUCAUUUGACAUUGAGAUGGGGACAAA